AGUGCACCUCAAACAGUGAUGAGUGUAAUGUGCGGGCGUUUCUCCGCGGUGAAAUGUGAGGCCAUUGCAGGAGAGUGAGCUAUAAAGGAGAUAUCUGCAACGGAGGCCGUAUGCGCGCACCUUGAGGGACGCUUGCAGGCCAGACACGGGACAGCGACGCGGCAAGAUGGAUGGCCAGGGUUUGAGACACCUGCAAGCGCUCCGCAGCUUUAUCGGCAACCUGGUGGAUCAGGCGGAGAGGGCGGGCGGCUGUGACUGCCACAAACCGCCCUCGCUCCUGCUUGUAGGCCCACCAGGUGCAGGGAAGACGUACCUGGUGAAACAGAUGAGCAAUGUGUGUGAGAUGCCACUGUACGGCGUCCACACCAACCAGGUCCGAGGCGCAGCAGCAGUUCGGAAGCUGUUUGACCAGGCGCGAGACAACUACCCCUCCCUGGUGUUCAUGGAUGACAUUGACGCUAUCUUUGUCAACCAUGACAGAGACCCAUCUUGCAACUCUGCCAUCCAGAGCCUCAGGGAUGAGCUGUUCACACAACUUGGCCCAAGGAAGCUGAAGAUUAAGGAUCCCAAGUCUAGUAUCAACCCCACAGACAGCCUAGUGAGUGCUGGCCGUGGCGUGAAUGGCGUCAGUGGCAGCAGGGCAUCCAGCAGGGCAUCCAGCUCUCGGCCGCGCCCUUCUGCACCUCCCGACGAUGAUGAGGAUGUGUUCGGCGAUGAUGUGGAUUCUCCCUAUCCAGAUAAUAACGGAAUCAUUGUUGUCGCCGCCACCAGCUCCCCAUGGAUGCUGUACAAGGACCAUGAGCUGUUGAGUAGGUUCCGAGGAGUGUACCUGGUGGGGUUGCCAGACAAGCAGACGAGGUACAACUUGCUGUGCAGCCUCUUCCAGGAUGUGCACCACAACCUCUCAGACAAGGAGAUCAUGGUGGUGGCUGAGAAAACUGAAGGGUUCACGCCAGCAGACCUGAUGGUGGUGGUGAAGACGCUCACCUACCGCCAGUUCUCCUUCCUACUGUCCAUGUCAGCGGCUCGCAGUGGCUCGGUGGCCUCCUCCAGUGAUGUUGGCUCCACUGGUUCACAGACACCACUGUCCUCAGAGAUGUCGGAGACGGCUUCAGAGUCUGACCUGGAUGGCUUGCCAGAAUCUGAGGGUCACUUGAAGCGAGGCAGUAGUGGUGGCGGUGGCACAGCAGCAAUAGCAGCAGCAGCAGUGGCAGCAGCAGCAGUGAUGAGAGACGUGGCAAAAUCCUCAGCCAACAAGACCACCACAGAGUCGAAUGCAGCCAGUGGUGCUGUGCCCAAGAAGGACCUCAAGCAUGUGAACAGCGAUCACAGAAGCCAUAGUAAGAGCCCCACGGGACAGUCUUCGCCCUCUCCUGUGGUCAACACUGCAGCAGCAGUGUCAGCGGUGGCAGCAGCGGUGACGACACUCUCAACACUCAGUGAUGAGUGGGACACCGGCACUGACCACGAGGAGGAGGGGGAGGAGGAGCGGCCCUACUCCUCCCCUGAGAGCCAGCGGGCUAAGCAGCACACUGAUGCAGCACCAACCCGUGUGCUGGACAAUGCUCUAGUGACAACGGCAGAUGUGGAGGAAGAACGUCCGCGUGACGAACUGUGUGUGCCGUCCCCAGACUCUGCCAUUGGCCUGUCCAAGAGCAACGAGGAAAUGGAGGAGCCACACAACACCUCUCACAACACAUCCCAGGCAGAGGGAUCAGAGACACUCCCCCGAGCGCCAUCAGAGAGCAGCAGUAGCGGAGUGACAUCAUCAGGCUGUGAUAGUAGUGAUAGCGGUGACAUGAGUGCAAUAGUGGGUGAUGCCGCCAAGGAGAGUGGCACACACAGUGACAGUGAGGCGGAGAGGGAGAACGCUGGCUGGGAGGACAGGACUACGGUGGAAGAGGAGGUGGAGGUUGUGAAGAAGGUGGAGGCUGUGGAGGUAGACAAUGUAGAGGAGGCAGAGGAGGAUGUGUGUGACGGUGGUGAGUGUGGUGGUGAUGAUGCAGAAGAGAAGGAGAGAGUUGGCUCACCACUUGACUUUGAGUUGCACUACAGCGAGCCAGCCGAGCCGCUGCGUGACGACAACUGUGCCAUCGACAGCGACAGUGACAACGACAUCUCUGAGUCUGGCCGCACAAGGGGACGACGUGUGGCCUUCUCUGGCAUGUCCCCCAUGGAGCCACUGUCAGUGGACGUCGGCGACGGCUGCAGUGGUGCCAUGGACACCAUACCCCCAAACAUCACCCUGGCCCCCUCCAGCCUGCCAGAGCCCCUGCUGCCGAGUGACCGACGCCAGGACGGGGCACCCAACCCCAUCCUGCUCAGCCUGCUGGCCCGGCCGUCCCCUGCUCGUGAACAUGACCGGGACAGGGACAGGGACCGGGAUCGGGACCACGAGCCCACCACUCUCUCCUCGUUCCUUCACCCGGACCCUGAUCUGGAUGUGACCAAGACCUCCACACCUAUUGAGCCCUUGGAUGCCCUCACCCCCACCCCAUCCCUCACCCGCACCCCUACCCCCACCCCCAGCGAGGCCUCCAGCAACAAUGGCACUGUGGCAAGUUCAGGCAGUGGCCGCCGUGUGUCAGCUGGAUCCACCAGCAGUGAGGUCAACAAGAAGGAUGACAGUGACGACUCCUUUGAUCACAGUGACGGCCACACAGUUCCCUCCUCAGACAUGUCCACAGCCACCUGUAAUGAAACAGGAGAGACAAUGGAGUGCCGGACAGACUCAGAUGAACGGCUGCAGGAGCUGGAGGACGUGCCAGACCAUAGCGACUCGGCCCGGGCCAGCGAGUAUGGCGAGGCAGAGGCCAAGGCUGGUGGCAAGGGAGGACUCAGCUCUCUCCUCAACCUGGACGACCUUGGAGAAAUCAGUAUCCAGCUUAUCACUCUGGCUGACGUGCUUGGGGUCGUCAACAAAGGUUACAGAAGCAUUUCCGAUGAGGAGAUCAAACGCUACACAGACUUCAUGGUGUGGUUUUCUAAUGUAGCAAAGUCUGCUUGUCCACACUCUAAGGAUGGCUCCCAUCGCCCCAACGCACCACACCUGGACGAGAUCAGCCUUGACUCCACAGUAUUCGACGUUCCUAGCAUUGUCAAGAAGAGGAAGGGACCAUUACGAAAACUUGGACGCUUCUUACUGAAGGCACUCAUGUUCAUACUAGACUGAAAAGUUAUUGUGUUUGAGUGCUGGAGACAAGAUGAGGGCAGACACACAGGUGGGAUAGACCUGGAGACGUGAAGAGGACAAACACAAGUGGAUGGAGGAUAUACACACGCUGACUGAGGCAUGGCAGUUUGUGUGUGUGUGUGGAUGUGUUGUGUGUGUGUGUGUAUGUGUAAGAGUAUCAGCACCCGAUGCAUUCCCAGCUCCUAUGAAUGCAGUGCUGUGAGUUGCUGAGAGUACACACCUGCCCUGCCAGAACCAAGACUGACUAUUAAUAUAAAGUGGCAUGACAGUAGGGUCACAUCACCACAAGAAUGAACUGUAUCAAUACAAUGCGCCAUGACAGUCAGGUCAACAACAACACGAUAAUGAAUAGUGGAUGAUAAUUCACUGAUAUUGUGCUAAGUCAUCCACUAUGCAAACUUUGAAAUUCACUUUGAUAUGCUAAGUCAUCCACUAUGCAAACUUUGAAAAUCAACAAAGUUAUUCAUUGUGCAAUUUAACAAGUUAUUCACUGCUAAAUAUACUACAAUGAAUAAUGCUGCAUUACCAAGAAAAAACAUCUCUAGGUAAACUCAGCUGAAAAAUAUUCGCCGAUCUAGUUGCAAGGUUAGUGGUUACCACAUGAAGACAGAUCCCACAGGACAAGCAGCACUACAAGCUUCACAACAGACAAUGCAUACAUGUGACUGGAAAAGCAUAGCAAAGUCUAUGUGAAUCCCAUGUUUGGAAUCUCCAUCAUGCCAGUAUUCAGAAAGGAACCUUGUGUGACACUGACCCUUCUUCACCUUAACAAAAGGGUAUAAUGUAUCCAUGUGAUUGAGAUUUAGCUGGCUUGAUAAUCAUUGGCUCUAUAAAGACAUAGUGCAUAUCAGUCCAUAUUUUUACACCUGGUGAAAUGUUAGUGAACUUUCAGGGAGAGAGAGAUCUCCAGAUUACUAUUACCACACUCUAUAUAGUCUUACUGGGACAUUUAUUUUGGGAUGCGAGAAGCUAGAUAAUUUUUUAAGGGAAAUCUAUGCUUUUUGAGGUGAAGGCCACAAGUGCUUAGCUACAAGGAGGUAGUGGUUGGGUGUUGCAUUCAUUCAUCUCUUGAAGCCAAACUGCAAAUUGUGGCUCAAAUUCUUAAAUGUGUCAACAAGCUCCAACAUUCUAAAGUUCUUAGGAUUUCCAUGGGUUUUCAUUAUUGUGAGAAUGUUUGAUAAGGAUUUUCUUAUCAGGAACACCCAAAGAAAUGCAAUCAAUCAAUCAAUCACCUUUAAAAAGUCAUAGUGAGAGAACACAUUAAAGGGAAACUUAACAGGUAUGGCACAAAGUAUGAAACUGACUACUGAGUACCAUUACUAAAACAAAAUGCCCACAGAGAGAUCAUGUAACAUCCCCUUUGAUGCUUUACAGAAACAAAAUUUUAGAUAAAGGUGGGUAUGACAAAUUGGCUGUAAGAGGCUGUCACCAUGUAAUGACCCCCUGGGAGGGCACUUCACUAAUAUGAAAUGUUACCAAUCAGACAAUUAUCACAAAGGCCUGAGUGAAUGACUGUCCUGCCACUGUACAGUAGUGGAGGAUGGGGGAUGCAUCACCACCACCACUACCCUCCAGAACUAUUGGGAUCAUGUUACUUGUGCCUCAAUAAAGACAAUUUGUUAAAACUGUGCACUGGUCUUGCUCAUUGAUGUAAAUACUGCUAUGUUGAUCGAGACUGACAACUUUUUGUGCCUGUUUUGGACAUAUCCAGUUUUGUUUUUUGGUACAUGUAUUCCUAUAAAUAUACGACUCACUUGACAGGGGAUUGUGCUUAUAAAACUUUUUACUUUAUAAGGCAUGAACUUUGAAUAUUUUUGGUAAUUGUUUAAAGCUGAAAAUUAUGUAUUAUAAUUAUGAUGCAUUUAUAAUUUUUCAUCAUGGUCUCGUACACUGUGUUGAGUCUUUGAGUGUAUGUAUGUAUGUUGUAAAAGAUUAUUUAAAUACCA